CUAAGCAAAAAAAAAAAAAAAAAAAAAAAAUAGUUAAGGUGUGUCAUAACAAUUUCAAAAGUGUCCACUAGGAGACAGAUCUGAUGCACUGAAGCAAUGUUCCAGUUCACUUGCCUCAUUUCAAGGCUUGUUAUAAAUGAAAUCCUGGAAGACAGUGAGAGUUAGAAUACAUACAUUGGUGUGUGUGUGUAUAUAUAUAUAUAUAUAUAUAUAUAUAUAUAUAUAUAUAUAUAUAUAUAUAUAUAUAUAUAUAUAUAUAUAGGUAUGGUUUCUAAAAGGAAACCCUCUAUGGCUUCAGAGUUCCCUCUGAAGAAUGCUAAUUGGAAUUGUUUUUGAGCAUACAUACAUAUGUUUUCCUUUGCUAAAUGAGUGGGAAGAUAAACACAAUGUCCAUUAUAUAUAUGGUCAAUUAAAAAUGUUUUUCUUCUCAAGAAGUUCAGGGUGUCAGUACUCACACGCCAUACUCACCUUUUCAAUAUGAGUUAUAUACCGAAGUUUCCCUUGACAGGGAAAAAAGGAGUUGCACAGAACUGCAUAUACACCUUUCAAAAUCUUUGGAACUAAACUACCUCUCUCAUAAAUCUGCAUACCUAUAUGCAGGCAAUGUGUCUUGCAAUUCUAAAGGAUCUUCUAACUAUUGUAAUUAGAGCACAAGAGUAGAGAACAUUGUAAAAGAAAAUAAAACACUGCCUGGAUUGGCAUGUCUACUAUAGUCAUACUAUACUAUAGUCAUACUAUAGUCAAGUGUAAAUUUUAUAUGUCUAAUCUUUUUAGAAGCUGGCCAUAAAAAAGUGCAAUUUCAUUAAGUAUAGGCUAAUAUAGUAUACAUAGUCAUGCAACAGUGCUAUAAAUGUAGUCAUAAAAUAAGGUUAAUAUUGAAUUGAAUGCUACACUAGUAGUAAAAUAAGAAGCAGUCACUUACACUCCUCCUGCCAUGCUCCAGAAUCCUAAUUGAAUAUUUGAGAGCAGGAUGGUCGUGCUACGUUGUUGUGGUCCUGAAGGUGUGUUGGAGUAUUUCCUCACUUUUGCUGCUGUUAAAACUCAACAGUGCUGUGAAUUUGUGUGACCUAACACAGGACCUCUGGACUUCGUUCCUUCCACUAUCUCAAACUGAGUGGUGGACUGAUAUCUUCACUAAGCAAACAGACAAAUACCAGCCAUACAAAAAAAACAACAAAAAAAAAACAUUCCUGACAUCUCAGACUAUUAUUCAGUUUUCCCAUGAUGUCUCUGUAUAUCCACGUGCUGGCCUGCGCCUUUGGCCUUGGCUCUUGGGUGGCCGUUAAUGGAAUGUGGGUGGAGCUGCCACUAAUCGUCAACGUUCUACCAGAAGGAUGGGACUUACCUUCGUACCUUACAGUCAUCAUCCAGCUGGCCAAUAUCGGCCCUAUCCUAGUUACCCUUGUGCAUAAACUAUAUCCGGGUCGACUACGUGAGAAUCUGGUGAUCUGUGCAGUGCUGAUGAUUGGUAUAUUAGCAUGCAUCCUACUGACAGUGUUCUGGAAGAAGACAACGGUGUUUUUUGGUCAACCGAGAAGCACUGCAUUCUUUAUUAUCACAUUCUUUCUGUCUCUGGUGGACUGCACAUCCUCUGUCACCUUCCUGCCUUUCAUGAUGCAGCUCCCAAACAAAUACAUCACAACGUACUUUAUUGGUGAAGGAUUAAGUGGGUUUUUGCCUGGGCUGGUAGCUCUGGCUCAAGGGGUUGGCAUGACCAAAUGUGUUGAUGUCUCCCAAACAUCAGGGAACCUCUCAAACCCUGGCCAUGAGAACUUCACACUAGAAGCUCAGUACCUUCCUCCUAACUUCUCCACAGAGAUCUUCUUCUCGUUUCUGGUGGUCAUGAUGGUGAUAAGUCUUGGUGCUUUUGGCUUGCUUAACCAUGUCCCUUGGUCGUUAACACGUUCCACUGAAGAUCUGGUGUCUGAACCAGGUACUGUGGUAAUGGUUAGUGGCGGUCUGGAAAACCAGGCAGCAAACAAUUCAGGGAUGAACAGCCAGGAAAGGGCCACUGGAGACCAGCCCAAGCCUUUGAUAGUGAAGUCAUACUAUUCCAGAUAUGAGCUUGCCUUCAUCUACUGCAUGGUGGUGUGUGUGAAUUGUGCAACCAAUGGACUACUGCCAUCAGUACAGACGUUCUCGUGCAUGCCCUAUGGGAAUAUGGUCUAUCACCUCUCAGCUUCUCUGUCAUCACUUGCUAACCCACUGGCCUGCCUUAUUGCCAUGUUUGCUCCCAAACGCUCGCUGGUGUUGCUGGGUAUUCUGUGCUUGCUGGGUACUGGUUUCGGUGGAUACAACAUGGCUAUGGCAGUCAUGAGUCCUUGUCCAAUUUUGCAAGACUCACCACUAGGAAAAAUUCUAAUUGUCUUGUCAUGGAUUCUCUUCACUGGCCUGUUGUCCUACGUAAAGGUGAUGGUGGGAGUCAUUCUAAGGGACCAGAGCCACAUUGCCUUGGUGUGGUGUGGAGCGGCAGUACAGGCCGGAUCUCUCUUAGGAUCAUUCAUUAUGUUUCCCCUGGUCAGCAUUUAUCAUCUGUUUAAGUCAGGGGAUAUCUGCAACAACAAGUGCACAUCAUUCUGAUCCUUUCCUGUGUGCAUAAGGAACAUGAUGUGAUAUAGAAAACGGAUGAUUAUGAAUGAAUGAUGAAUUAUAACAAUGUAAUAAUACAAAUACAAGAUACAUUAGACUGUGUACACUCCAACUGUAGGGUGACAUUAAUACAUGAUUGACACAGUACAGAAAUCCUGUACUUGAGUAGAAGUAGGAUCAUCCUUUGUGGUCUAUUUAAUUUUUGCACUUGCUUUUAAAUAUGUGUUAUUUCAUUGAUCUUCAGUAACAGCUUAGUCAAGAUAAUCAUGGGAACAGUGGGCACAAGGCAGAAACACACCCUGGAUGGAACUCUAGUGAAUUUAUGAAAGCAAAUAUUUUAAAGUUAGAAAAAAUACAUUUCAUAGUUAACUCAGUUUGUUAAGAUUUAACACAACAAAACACAUUAAAUGUUAGAUUUCAUUUUUAAAAAAUGUUUUUUUCCUUAUAGAUAUUUUUUAAUAUGUUCUUUAAAAUAUACCACUGGUUUGUAGUGAUGUAUUUACACUAAUGUAUUAUAUUGAAUGAGACUUCACAGGCUUUGUUGAUAAAAGUACCUUAUAUUGACCAUUUAAAAAUUUUAAAUUAAAGGCCCCUUGAUCAAAUCAACACUUAAAUAGAACUUUUUCAACAGCAUGAAGUUUGGUAAACGGUCUUACCCAGAAACACACAGAAAUGAUGAGGAAGAAGGUGAUUGAAAUACAUCAGUCUGGGAAGAGUUACAAAGCUGUUUCAAAGGCUCUGGGACUCCAAAGAACCACAGUGAGAGUCAGUAUCACCAAAUGGAAAAACUCGGAACGGUAAUGAACCUUCCCAGAAGUGUCGGACCUUCCAAAAUUCCAACAAGAGCAUAGCAACUACUCAUCCAGGAAGUCAUAAAAGAGCCAAGGACAAGAUCAAAGGACCUACAGGCCUCUCUUGCAUCAGUAAAGGUCACUGUUCAUGACUCCACUAUCAGAAAGACACUGGACAAAAAUGAAAUCCAUGGAAGAGUGGUGAGGUGAAAACCACUUCUAACCCAGAAGAACAUUAAGGCUCGUCUGAAUUUAUCCAAAACACACCUUGAUGAUCCACAAAAAGAGGAUCAUACCUACAGUCAAGCAUGGUGGUGGAGGUGUGAUGGUGUGGGGAUGCUUUGCUGCUUCAGGGUAUGGCAACUUAAAUAAUUGAGGGAAAUUGUACUCUCUACCAGAAAAUCCUAAGACCUGUCCGGUCUUCAGUCUGUAAAAUAAUGAUCCAAAGCAUAGGAGUAAAUCCUAGUCCUAGAAAUAAGUGAAAGACUAAUUUACAGUUAUCGGAAGUGUGUGGUUGCAAUUAUUGCUGCUAAAGGUGACACAACCAGAUUUUAAGUUUAAGGGGGCAAUUAGUUUUUCACAUCGGUGAUAGGUGUUGGAUAACUUUUUUUUUCUUCAGUAGAAAAAUAAAAUAAAUAAAAACUGUAUUGUGUGUUUA